AGUCAUCUCCCCUGUUAAUGUAACUCUUUCGAAUGCCCUUCCCUCACUUGUGUCCUCUCGGUGAUCGGCUUUUCUCAAAAUGUUCUAUAAAUUUAACAGUUUACGGGGCAAAAUUGUUCCAUCGAGUCAGGAAGCAGCAUAUUCUCCUCAGGGGUUAAAUCAAUUGAAAGAAUUUGAUUCUAAACUGACUUUUGAGAGCAAAUCUGUUAUUACAACACGUGUUGUACCUGAGCCAAUGGCAGAAGCUGCAUAUUCAGGUCCAGCACUUGGAUUAGUUCCCAAAACAUCUACUUAUAAAGGCGUCAUGGAAUUACAGAAACUCUUUCUGAAAGAAGAUGGCUUGUUAGUGUGGCAAAAACGAGGAAUACGGGAUCGAUCUAUGUAUAUAUUCUCAGUUGGCUUGUGUAUUGCUGGAUUAGCUCUUUGUGGGAAAACAUUAUUCACGAUGUCAUUUCCUCGUAAAAGUGAAUAAUGUAUGAGGAAAUUAGUUCAACAAUUUAGUGUGAAAGGAGUUCAUAUUCUAUUAUAAACAUUUUAGAUUAAUAAAUAAAACAUAAACAUUU